AUGGCGUGGCAAUUGCAGCAAACAAUGGCCACGAUGAGUACAUGCUUUCGGACGUCCUCGCCGGCAACGGUGCGCUGUGCCGCGGCGGCUCGGCGGUCUGCCAACUACGCUCCCAGCUCCUGGGAUUACGACUCCCUCCUCCAGCUCUCGCCCAACAAUGGCGGAAAGGCAGAUCAAAUGAUGUCACAGGUCGAUAUGUUGAAGGCCGGCGUGAGGGAGCGGCUGGUGGCGGCGAGCCGAGGCGACCACCAAGCUGCGAAGCUCAGGCUUGUCGACACAGUGCAACGGCUCGGCAUCGCCUACCAUUUCGAGGAGGAGAUCGCCGGUAUCCUCAGCUCCGUCCACCACAAGCCUCACCGGUGCAACUGGGAUGAUGUUGAUGUUGCUUCCACGGCCUUGAGGUUCAGGUUGCUCAGGGACGUUGGUUUCCCAGUCUUCUUCCCUCCAGCAUCUCUGGAAACUCUCAAGCGUGGAUCGGACGAUGUCAGAGGACUCCUCUCACUCUACGAGGCUUCAUACCUUGCGUUCGGAGGAGAGGAAACAUUGGACGAGGCAAGAGCAUUUUCUAAGAAAGCUCUCAUAAAGCUCUUGCCAUCCAUGGAUCACCACAUACGGUGCAGUGUAGUUCGUUCUUUGGACCUUCCAUUGCACCGGAGGUCUCCUAGACUGGAAGCAAGAUGGUUCAUAGAUCACUGUGCUAGAGAUGAGAACAAUUCCGACCCUUUGCUCGUUAGAUUUGCAACGACAGACUUCAACAAUGUGCAAAGUGUGCAUCAGGAAGAACUCGCGAGACUUGCAAGGUGGUGGAAGGGGACUGCCCUUAGUGAAAAAUUGGGGUUCGCCAGGGAUCGUCUCAUGGAGUGCUUCCAUUACGCAAGUGGAAUUGUGUGGGAGCCAAACAAUGGAGCGUGUCGAGAAGUGCUUGCUAAAGUCGCCAAUCUAAUAGUUCACUUAGAUGAUGUUUAUGAUGUGUAUGGAACUCUAGAUGAACUUGUUCUCUUCACUGUCGCCAUUGGAAGGUGGGAAGAAAGUCCUUGUGAAAAACUCCCCGAAUACAUGCAAGCACUCUAUUCCGUGAUGUACAACACCUCCGCUGAGGUGGCUGAAAAUGUGUUGGAACAACAUGGUUGCGACACUCGUCAUGUUCUUCAAAAAGCGUGGCGAGACAUGGCGGAGUCUUUCCUGGUGGAGGCAAAGUGGCACCAUGGAAACCAUAGACCAACACUUCGUGAGUAUCUGGACAAUGGAUCAAUUUCAGCCUCUGCUCCACUGUUGCUGCAACAUGCGUUUCCCCUGCUCCGUGUGGAUGAAAAGCUCACCCCGAUGUCUCUUGCUAAAGUUGGAAGCUACCCUAAAUUAGUUCAGUCCGCGUCAUUAGUUCUUCGCCUUUGCAACGACUCUGCAACCCAUUCUGCCGAGCUGGAGCGAGGGGAUGCACCAUCAUCAAUAGCUAUUCACAUGUCGGAGAACAGCUCCAGUGAGCAAGAGUCCCGCGAAGCUAUGGAAGAUCUUACCAUGGAAGCCUGGAAGUCGAUUAAUGAAGAUGCAUUCAGAUAUUGCCAAUUUUCUAGAUCUUUCGCCAAGACUUGUGUGAAUUUGGCUCGAAUCUCGCAUUGUGUUUACCAAGGCGGGGAUGGUUUUGGUGCGCCGGAUGGUCAGAAGAAAAGGCAAAUUAGAGAGUUGUUCUUGGACUCUAUCAUGAGUGAGAAACAUUAA